AUGUUUUCGUUCAUUGUUGUCAGUUUUUCUAUAAUGUUGCCCCUUGUUCGAACAGGGCCCAGCGUGGACUCCACGUAUGUUGCUGCUGUCUACGAGCAUAACUUAAUCCUGAACCCGGAGCCUCGUGUCCCCCUGUCCCGACUUGCUGCCCUGCAACAUAUGCAGAAAAACCUGGAUAUCUAUGAGGAGCAGGCUGCCCGAGCUGCCCAGCAGGGUGCCCAGAUCCUGGUGUUUCCAGAAGUUGGUCUUCAGGGUUACAACUUCACCCGUUCAUCCAUCUUUGGCUACCUAGAAACCAUUCCUGACCCCCAGCAGGAGAGCUGGAACCCCUGCACGGAGCCGGACAAACACAACAACACUGAGGUUCUCCAGCAGUUGAGCUGUAUGGCCCGUCGUAACAACCUCUACGUGGUGGCCAAUGUUGCUGACCUGCAGCCCUGCCCCCUGCAGACCGACCCCUCCUCCUCCUGUCCAUCUGAUGGACGCUGGCAGUUCAACACCAACGUGGUUUUCAGAUCAUAACGUUUGAGACACCUUUUGCUGGGAGGUUUGGCCUCAUGAUCUGCUUUGACAUCCUGUUCCACGAGCCCACAAUUGCUCUGGUGGAGAGGGGUGUGCGACAGCUGAUCUUUCCCACUGCCUGGAUGAACUUGCUCCCUCUACUGGACUCGGUACAAUUCCAGCGGGCGUUCAGCUUGGGGGCCAAUGUCACCCUGCUAGCAGCCAACCUUCGUAAAGACCAACACAACAUGAGAGGAAGUGGUAUCUACACUCCUUUUUCUGCCACCUACCACCACGCCCAGAGAGGAGACCCAGAGGAGGGCAGGCUGCUGGUAGCCAGGGUGCCAGUUUUAGACCCACUGUGGGUUGGACAGAGUGUGGCCACAGAGGAGGGGGUUGUUAGGACUGAGUCAACAUCAUCUGUACCUACAGGUUCUGGAUUCUCUCAGCAGGAAAGCUGUUUUGCAUAUCCUCGUCCUGAAACUGCUUCAUCAGUCCCUCCCUCUUCCGCCACCUUCAUCUCAUCCAUGAUGUACGACCCUUUUACAUUUGUCCUCCUAAACAAGACAGAGGAUGAAGUCAAUGUGUGCAAUGGAACCUUUUGCUGUCACCUGCAGUACCAGCGGUCACUACAAGGCAGUGGUAAAGAGCUCUACGCAUUGGGAGCAUUUGCUGGAACACACAUUGUGGACGGACGCUAUGCCCUGCAGGUGUGUGCAAUAGUCCGCUGUGCGGGGUUGGACGUCAGUUCCUGUGGACAGGAAGUGGAAGAGGCUGAGUCUAAAAUGGACUUCCUGUUGGAGGGGAACUUUGAGACCAGAUAUGUGUACCCAUCAGUUUUGGCUAGCAAGUUUGUCCUGGAGCAGCCAGAGCAUCUGGAAAUGGCUUUAGAUGGCAGAAUUUGUUUGCCUUCUGCAUGGAUUUUCCUCCAGUGUUUUGACUAUGGCUGCCUAAUUCCUGCUUUUUCUAUAAUGUCGGCCGUUGUUCAAACAAAGCCCAUUGUGGACUCCUCGUAUGUUGCUGCUGUCUACGAGCACAACUUAAUCCUGAACCCGGAGCCUAAUGUCACCCGUUCCCGACUUGCUGCCCUGCAGCACAUGCAGAAAAACCUGGAUAUCUACGAGGAGCAGGCUGCCCGAGCCGCUCAGCAGGGUGCCCAGAUCCUGGUGUUUCCAGAAGACGGUCUUCAAGGUUACAACUUCAACCGUUCAUCCAUCUCUGGCUACCUAGAAACCAUUCCUGACCCCCAGCAGGAGAGCUGGAACCCCUGCACGGAGCCGGACAAACACAACAACACUGAGAUUCUCCGGCGCUUGAGCUGUAUGGCACGUCGUAACAACCUCUACCUGGUGGCCAAUGUUGCUGACCUGCAGCCCUGCCCCCUCAAGACCGACUCUUCCUCCUCCUCCUGUCCAUCUGAUGGACGCUGGCAGUUCAACACCAACGUGGUUUUCAGGUCAGAUGGCCUCCUGGUGGCACGCUACCAUAAACACAACCUCUACUUUGAGGAUUCUUUUGACACUCCGUCGCAACCUGAGAUCAUAACGUUUGAGACUCCUUUUGCUGGGAGGUUUGGCCUCAUGAUCUGCUUUGACAUCCUGUUUCAUGAGCCCACAAUAACCCUGGUGGAGAGGGGUGUGCGACAGCUCAUCUUAUCUACUGCCUGGAUGAACAAGCUCCCCCUACUGGACUCGGUACAAUUCCAGCGGGCGUUCAGCUUCGGUGCCAAUGUCACCCUGUUAGCAGCCAACCUCCGUAACGACCAACACAACAUGACAGGAAGUGGUAUCUACACCCCUUUUUCUGCCACCUACCACCACGCCCAGAGAGGAGACCCAGAGGAGGGCAGGCUGCUGGUGGCCAGGGUGCCAGUCUUAGACCCACUGUGGGUGGGGCAGAGCGUGGCUGCAGGGGAGGGGGUAGUUAGGACUGAGUCGACACCAUCUACAGCUACAGACUCCGGAUUCUCUCAGCAAGAAAGCUGUUUUGAUUCUCCUCAUGCUGAAACUGCUUCAUCAGUCCCUCCCUCCUCUGCCACUUUUAUCACAGAUAUGAUGGGUGACCCUUUUACAUUUGUCCUCUUAAACAAGACAGAGGGCGAAGUGAACGUGUGUCACGGCACUUUUUGCUGUCACCUGCAGUACAAGCAGUUACCACAAGGCAGUCGUAAAGAGCUCUAUGCAUUAGGAGUAUUUGCUGGAACACACUUGGUGAAUGGAAGUUACGCUCUGCAGGUGUGUGCACUAGUUCGUUGUCCAGGGUUGGACGUCAGUUCCUGUGGACAGGAAGUGGAAGAGGCUGAGUCUAAAAUGGACUUCCUGUUGGAGGGGAACUUUGGGACCAGAUACGUGUACCCAUCAGUUUUAGCAAGCAAAUAUGUCUUGGAGCAGCCUAGACAUCUGGAAAAAGCUUUAGAUGGCAGAGUGACCAUGAACCACUCAAACAUGGCUGGUGGGCUGGUCACUGCCUGUCUGUAUGGACGAAUGUAUCACCUGGACAAUAAAUGAACUGCUUUGAAAUAGACGUGUGUAUCAGUAGAAAAACAUCAAACAUCAUUUUAUUUUUAAUUUAUGUAACAAAUCGACUGUUCUGACCAAGACUGAUAAUGAAAAUUGAGCUGUUGCACAUGUGUCAUUUACACAGUUCAAUAAAACAAAAACAAAUAUCUUUAUUCAUUCAUUUAUUAAUCUUUACA